ACAAAAUCUAAUCUAAAAUGAUCCAAUUUCACAAAUGCUGUUGCGCAGCGAAUUUUUUCCCGAAUCCUUCACAUCUCAAAUCGCUUUAAAUUAAAUAAUUUCUUAUACAUGAGGUGUCCAUUUUUCCUUCUAGAAAUGAUCAGCGAUUGCUAACAUAUUUCGCAAAUUGUGUAUUUCCCCAUAUACCGCACAAAAAAUAAUCCGAGCCGCGAACUAAGAAAAGUAUUCGACCUCAAAGUACGACUGUUGUGUUGAUAGUUUAUUGGAAUGAAUGAACUUUAAAGCGUAAAAAAUGUGUCCAAUUACUUGUUUAUAUAAAAGAAGAACUAAAUCAGAGAUAUAUAAGUCCUACUCAGUGAUUAGAUGUUCAGGUGCCUGCAGGUACCAUUAAUUGGACUAAUUAAAGUAGUUUUUAAACUCGAAAGCUGGAAAUAGCUUCUUCAACACUAAAUAUAUCUUUUAUUUCACUGCUAAGAUCAGUUUACUUCUAUCCAAUUACAUGGCUCAUUUACCAUUCUUAUGGCCAAUGAACUAGAUAAAUGUCGGUUUUUUGUGUUCAGUCUUGAGGAAAGAGCGGCGAAAUCGUCACGUGAAAUAAAAUUUUAAGCCCAAUGUGAAACGUGCUAUAAAAGCGAAUUUUCUUAACCAAACUGCCAGUUUACCAUCCAACAGUGUUCAAUUGCAUCGUACCCAAAUGUGUCUCAAGUUUUUAUCAGUGGCAUUAUUGUGUUUAAGCAGUUUAGAGGUGCACUCAGUGCCAUUACCAAAAGACAAAAUACCAACCGAUAGUGAAUUAAUUGGGCAUAGGCAAGCAAAUGAUCAGCGUAAUGCUGCCACCAAAUACUUCCAGGACAUGUAUGUGGCACAAAAUAACCCAAAGGAGAUCGAAUUCGGUCACGUAGCAGAAAACCCAAAGAACUGGGAGCAGAGAUUUGAGAAAAUAAACUUGGAAAACUUGAACCAUCAAGGAAAGGUAAGAUGGGGAGAUAAAAACGGGGGAUAUGGCGAACAUUACUGGGACCUGAACCAUGCGGGACAAUCAAAAGAACUUGAAAGCAAUGGUAAUGAAAGUCAACAAAGCGAAAAGACCAAAAUAAAUCCAGAUGAAUCACAGAAAGUUCUUAGACAAAAUUUAGCCAGAACCAAACGAAACCCGGACGAAGAUGUAGAAUUUAUCAGUGAUGAAGCAAAAUCUUCAAUUCUCGAUGACAAAGCACCCAAACACGGUGGUAAUUAUAGACGUGCAAAAGAUUUCAGACAAAAAAGAGAGGAACUAUUUGCGGAGGAUGAAUAGAGCAGGAUUGAUUCCACCAAAGACUUGCCGAUGUUGAAGGGCAUAGGAAUGCAUUUCUAAUAUUCUGUAAAUUGUUGUUUUAUUUUUGUUAAUUAGUUUUAAGGUCUUAUUUUUUUAUUAAACCAUUGUAGUACAA